UGCCAGGACGCAUUACUAGGGCGACGGGGCCUGACGCCUCCCGCUUCGGGAUGAAUUAGCGGCGGGUUUUGCACCGAGGUUGUGACCCUAAGGGUUCUCCAGCUUGCCCACGCGCUUCCCACCGCGUCGCGCGUCGUCCUCUGCUGGUCGCAGAAUCAUGGUGUCAUGGAGAGGGAUAUACUUUAUACUCACUCUGUUUUGGGGAAGCUUUUUUGGAAGCAUUUUCAUGCUGGGUCCCUUUUUACCUUUGAUGUUUAUAAACCCAUCUUGGUAUCGCUGGAUCAACAACCACCUUGUGGCAACCUGGCUCACCCUACCUGUGGCAUUGCUGGAGACCAUGUUUGGUGUAAAAGUGAUUAUAACAGGUGAUGCAUUCAUUCCUGGAGAAAGGAGUGUCAUUAUCAUGAAUCAUCGGACAAGAAUGGACUGGAUGUUCCUGUGGAAUUGUCUGAUGAGAUAUAGCUACCUCAGAUUAGAGAAAAUUUGCCUCAAAGCCAGUCUCAAAAGUGUUCCUGGAUUUGGUUGGGCCAUGCAAGCUGCUGCCUAUAUCUUCAUUCAUAGGAAAUGGAAGGAUGACAAGUGCCAUUUCGAAGACAUGAUUGAUUAUUUCUGUGAUAUCCACGAACCACUUCAACUCCUCAUAUUCCCAGAAGGGACUGAUCUCACAGAAAAUAGCACGGCUCGAAGUAAUGAAUUUGCUGAAAAGAAUGGCCUUCAGAAAUAUGAAUAUGUCUUACAUCCAAGAACUACAGGCUUUACUUUUGUAGUAGACCGUCUAAGAGAAGCAGAGGGGGAGAGGGCGCUCGGUUACAGAGCAGGAGCCUCUGGACAGCGCAGAGGGAGAGCAGUGACCGCCUCCCCGCCAGCCUUCUGCACGGUUCUGCCCAGGCCCGGCCUUGUCUACAGCCGCUGUGUGUGUGUGCUUCAGAGCUGUGCAAGGUAUCCAGUUGUUCCAGUACCAUUUGUUGAAAAGACCAUCUUUUCUCCAUCGAAUCAGGCAACUUUGUUGAAAAUGAAUUGGCAGUAUGAGCAUGGAAUUGUUCCUGGACUCUGUUCUGUUUCCCUGAGCUAUACGUCUAGCCCUCCUCCGCACCACACUGCUUUAAUUACUUGAACCUUUAGAAUGAGUCCUUAAAUUAACUAGUGUAAGGCCUCCAACUUUGUUCUUUUCAAAAUUGUUUUGUUAUUCUAGUUCCUUAGCCUAUCCAUAUAAAAUUUAGAAUCAGUUAACUUAUACACAGCAUACUAGGAGUUUUGAUUAAGAUUGCUUUGAAUCUGUAGAUCGGUUUGGGGGACAAAUGUCCUCUUAACAAUAUUGAAUCUUUCAAUCUAGGAACGUGGUACAGGCAUACCUUAUUUUAUUGUGCUUUGCUUCAUUGCACUUCACAGACUGAAGGGUUGUGGCAACACUGUGCUGUCAGAUGAUGGUUGGCAUUUUUUAGCAAUAAAGUAUGUUUUAAUUAAGGUAUGUACUUUCUUUUAGACAUAAUGCUUCGCACACUGAAUAGACUACAGGAUAGUGUAAACAUAACUUUCAUAUGCACUUAGAGACCCCAAAGUUUGUGACUCACCUUAUUUUGAUAUUCCCUUCAUUGCGGUAGACUGGAACCGAACCUGCAGUAUCUCCAGGGUAUGCCUGUAAUCUCUCCAAUUAUUUAGGUCUUUCAAAUUUCUCUCAGUAAUAUUUGUAGUUUGCAGUCUUCCACAUAUUUUGUUGUUUACCCCCAAGUGUUUUAUAUUGUUGAUGAUGAUAUGAUAUUCUUUAAAAUUUAAAUUUCUAAUUGUUCAUUGCUAGUAUACAGAAAUAAGUUUAUUUUUUAUAUUGAAAACUUGUAUACUGCAACCUUGCUAAAUCUAUCGUUCCAAUAGCUUUUUUGAUAGUCUAUCAAACUGAAUAAAAGACAGUUUUACUUUUUUCCUUUUCAAUCUGUGUGCCUUUUAUUUCUUUUUCUUGCCUGUUAUAAUGACUAGAACCUCUGGUAUCAUGUGUCUGAUAAUAAAUGCUAACAUAUUAAUGUAGUACAGAUAUAUAGCUGUUUAGUAUUAUUUUAGGUAUGUGGACUUGAAAGACCAGGAAUGUUCUACCUAAUAAUUUGGGUUAAUUUUUCAAACACAUCUCCUCACCUAACCUCUUGUUGAGCGUCUCUGUUCUAGUGAGUUGCUAAGAACAGGAAAAAAGAUGAGAACAACUGGUUUUUGUCAUACAUUAACCUUCUGUCUUUACAUACUACUUUAAACACUGGAACGUUUUAAAAAAAAAAAAAAAAAAAAAAACCUGCUAUUAAGUAUAGCCUCAGCUGAGUGAAUAAUGUUGAAAAGUAGUAAUAGGAAGCUUACUCUCUCACAUGGCUCUAAGAUUCAGGCCGGAGCUCUCUCUUUAGCCUUCAGGGUUCAGACCACCAGACUUUCCACUCCCCUGGCAUUUAGUCAGUAAAUCUCUAUUAGGUGUCUGUAGCCUUGCUCACUUUCAGUCCCCGCUCCUCCUGCCUGCCAAUCCCACUGAGGAAGUUUUCUGAGAUAUGAAACUGUACUGAAGUAUGCUAGUACUAAUGAAAGGGGACUGUACUCAGGCAUCUAUUUUUUUUUUCUUUUUUCUUUCCUAUUCUUUUCCUAGUAGAUAAGAAUUAAGAUUGACUGAGAAGUUAGGCUGAAUUUGGAGGGCAAGAAGUCCACUCUUUCCAGUCCAGCCCAGGUAUAUAACUAUGACACUGGGCAUGCCAGAUACACAAGAAAUGAUUUUAGUGGUAAACUUAGAAGCCACCGGGGUUUUCAGGCAGAACUGCAGUGUUGGAAGAGCUGGGGUUUGCCUUCUUCCUUUUA